CCUCCUUUUCGAGCAUUGCCGCUACUAGAAGUGUAGAGAACAAGUGAAAACCCCUCUUCGCGACGCCGUAACUAGAUUUCGAGCCGGAGAUCCAGACUCUCGGAUUCUCCGUCCGUCGUCUCCGACUUUGAUUUCUCCGUCAGAUCAGGUUCGAGUCUGUAAGAUAUAUACAGGAUGCCGGGCGAUAACAUUUUCAAAGAUGAAGCUAGUGAGGAGAAAGGAGAGCGUGCCCGAUUGGCUUCAUUUGUGGGUGCAAUGGCAAUUGCUGACCUCGUCAAGACAACCUUAGGGCCAAAGGGGAUGGAUAAAAUACUGCAAUCAACAGGAAGAGGACAUGAAGUUACUGUUACCAAUGAUGGAGCCACCAUCUUAAAGUCGCUGCAUAUUGACAAUGCAGCUGCUAAAGUCCUUGUUGAUAUUUCAAAAGUUCAAGAUGAUGAAGUUGGUGACGGGACAACUUCUGUUGUUGUUCUGGCGGGAGAACUCUUGAGGGAGGCAGAAAAGCUAGUUGCAGCGAAGAUUCACCCAAUGACAAUUAUAUCAGGUUAUCGAAUGGCAGCUGAAUGUGCUCGUGAUGCUUUGUUGAAGAAGGUUGUUGAUAAUAAGGCUGAUUCUGAGAGAUUUAAGUCAGACUUGAUGAAAAUUGCAAAGACUACUUUGAGCUCCAAAAUUCUUUCCCAGGAUAAGGAGCAUUUUGCGCAACUAGCAGUGGAUGCUGUGAUGCGACUGCAGGGAAGCACCAACUUAGAGUCUAUACAAAUUAUAAAGAAACCUGGUGGAUCACUCAAGGAUUCCUUUUUGGAUGAAGGAUUUAUUCUUGACAAGAAAAUAGGUCUUGGUCAGCCCAAACGUAUAGAGAAUGCCAAGAUUUUGGUUGCAAAUACAGCAAUGGACACAGACAAAGUGAAGAUUUAUGGGGCUCGUGUUCGUGUUGAUUCAAUGUCUAAGGUUGCUGAAAUUGAAGUGGCCGAAAAAGAAAAAAUGAGGGAAAAGGUGAAGAAGAUCAUCGGUCAUGGGAUUAACUGCUUUGUUAACAGACAGCUGAUUUACAAUUUCCCAGAAGAGCUGUUUGCAGAUGCAGGAAUACUUGCAAUUGAGCAUGCUGAUUUUGAUGGCAUUGAACGUUUGGCCUUGGUAACUGGUGGUGAAAUUGCAUCAACGUUUGAUAAUCCCGAGUCAGUUAAGCUUGGGCACUGCGAUCUCAUUGAGGAAAUCAUGAUUGGUGAGGACAAGUUGAUCCACUUUUCUGGUGUUGAACUGGGCCAGGCUUGUACAAUAGUAUUGAGGGGCGCAAGCCAUCAUGUGCUGGACGAGGCUGAAAGGUCUCUGCACGAUGCCUUGUGUGUUCUGUCUCAGACAGUCAAUGACAGCAGGGUUUUGCUUGGAGGUGGAUGGCCUGAGAUGAUUAUGGCCAAGGAAGUUGAUGUGCUAGCCAAGAAGACUCCUGGAAAGAAAUCUCAUGCUAUUGAAGCCUUCGCACGGGCACUCUUGACCAUUCCAACCAUCAUUGCUGACAAUGCUGGUUUGGACAGUGCUGAGUUGGUUGCAAAGCUACGUGCUGAACACCACAAGGAAGGAUGCACUGCUGGGAUUGACGUCAUCUCUGGAACUGUGGGAGACAUGGCAGAACGAGGGAUAUCUGAAGCAUUUAAAGUUAAGCAGGCUGUCUUGCUCUCUGCGACAGAGGCCGCAGAGAUGAUUCUUAGAGUUGAUGAGAUCAUCACAUGUGCACCACGACAGAGAGAAAAUAGAAUGUGAAAAGCUGGAUAGAACAAUAUUCCAGUAGCUAUCAAACUGUUUUGACAUAUGCCCUUGUCGCGGCACUUAUGUAUGAUUGUGUAUGUUGACGUUUUAGUUUGAUGGGAUUAAGAUUUUGCAGAAAGGUUUUGGUGUGGUCUAAUUGCAACUGAUGACUUAUUUUAUGA